AUGACUGCUAUCACACAACGGACGAGCAAGCCGAUACGGGAGCCAACUCGAUUCUGGGCAGCCGCAGGAAAGCCAACCCCCCUUGCGACAUGCGACAUACGACAUGCGACGUGCGACAUGCAACACUCUGCCGUCGGCGGUGUGAACUCAACGAAGGCUAUGGGUGACGCCGUUUGUUGGCAGGCGGCCGAGCACCCCCCACCACCACCUCACCCCGCAUUUACAUGGCCUCGCAAGCCUGGAUGGCGUGGUGAGAGGGCAGCAAGGAGAGCUAGCAGUACCUUGGGACAAGGUACAGGCCCGGAUGCCAAGGGUGAGAGCUCCUGCACUAGGUAUCCGUACUUGCGAGCAAUCCUGCGCUUCCCGUCCUGCCCCAUGCGCAUGCCUGCACCUGCAACCUGCAUCUCUAUUCUUGGUGCCCCGUCUUGCAGGGGGGCCGGCAGCUUGGUUGCGGGUGUGGGUGUGGGUGUGUGA